AUGUCUACCGCCGGACACCAUCAAGCGGUCGGAUCCUACCAGCAGCCCCAGGAGAUGGAGGAGAAGGCCCGGGGCAGAGAAAGAAAUAGAGACGGAAUGGUGGAUGGGGGUGGGGGUCAGGUUAUCGGUGGUCCGCUGACCAGCAGCUCAGACCCCCCUUCGAGGAAAAGGAGGAGGAGUAGGAAAGGGCUGGACAAGAAGUUCGAGUGCCCGGAGGAAGGAUGCGGUAGAAGCUAUUCUAGGGCGGAGCACUUGUACAGGCACCAGCUGAAUCGUAAGGUUUCCCUUAAGAUCUCCCGAGCCUUCUUAAAGGGCGGCUGUCGAUGAGCUAUCAGUCCCUUCCCUUUGUUUAUUAACCUCAUAUUGGGGAAUCUUUGAUAAAGGGAAUGUUCAUUUUCCGCCCUUUGGAGCAACCAAAGCAGCGCCAGAGCCAUUAAUUUGAGCAGCCGACAGUGCUGACUGUUGAUGGGCUAUAGAUCAACCAAAGCAGAUAUAUUUUUGCGAUUUCCCCGACUGCAAACGAUCGUUUGUCCGUCAAGACCUGUGCAUGCGGCACCGGGAUCGCCAUACGAAUCGGCCGGGCUCUCAGCUCCAGAGAAAGGAUAGCCUUCUAAAUAAUCCUGCGGGAGCAGCCGCUAGGAGCAUUCUCUCGGACAGAAAGAGUUCCAUGAGUAAGGGCUCUUCUUCUCCGGAAUCACCAAAUGGCCCGGAUCUCAUGAUGAAGGGUGGAGAGGACGAAUCCCCUAUUAUGACACCUAAUGGAGUUUCUGUGAAUAUGACUGCAUCCCCUGAUACCAGCCUGUCGUCCGCUACCUUACCUAAUUCCUCGAGUGCUACCACGCCGAAUGUUGAUAAUCGGGCCAAAAUUCGAAGAACGACCACCGAUUCUGGAACUGCCCAGCGAGCGGCGAAUGGGAUGACGGAAAUGCACGCGCAGGCGGCGAGGAGAUAUAGUAUAGAACAUGUGAGAUCGAAAUCUGAAGCAUCUCCCGUUGAUGUCAAUACUUUAUAUGGUGGUGGUCAGCAACGUCCAGGAUUGCCCAGCGGCAAAUCCGAUUUCGCUCGUCCACCACUCCAAACCUCUGUGGGGCCUAGCCAAACCAUCAGUGGAAUGAGCAUGCAGCCAUUAUCAGCGUCCAGUGUGUCCUCUGGGGGCCAUUUUUCUGCACAUCCCACUAGCGCAACAACCGCUGGAUCAUCUAUGGCGGCAACUACUGGCACAAGUGCGGGCCCUGCAUACAUUCCUCAAACCUCUUUUGGCUCCUUUUCCCUACCACAGCCGGCCUAUCCAAAUCUUAGCCAGAGCAACGCCCCCAACCAGGGCCAGGGCCAGUACAUCACGUCACCCCCCACGAGCUCAUCUUCGGUAGGUGCAUCGAAUCCUAUUGGCGGCGUUACUACGACAGAUGUGGAUUUUGACCCUACGGGUUUCCCGUUUACGGUGCCUGUUUUUGGUAAUGACGGCUAUACUCGGUCUCCGAAUUGGAUGGCGAGCGAUUUUGCUGCUUGGUUUUUCGAGGACACGCAACUGCCCGGUGGGGGUAGAACUUCUUCCAUUAGCGGUAGCUAUAUUGAUAGUCUCGCGAUGGGGUCGCAGAACAUCUAUAUGGGCAGCCAAGAGUACCAAACUCACAACUAUUACCCCCACCCGCUACAGCCACAGCAUCCUAUGGCGGUUACGAGUCUGAUAGCCCCCCCAAGCCCCCCUCAAGAGUCCCUUUUGUCGGAGCAUAAGCGACAGGACUUGAUGGAUCUUAUUGAGAACUAUCCCGAGAUGUCCGAUCUUCCCCAGCGUACGGGUUCUCUAGCGCUCAAUUCCGCCGAAGAUGACUCACAUGCUUUGAGUCUACAUAUGAUGCAGUCUUACAUUUCUAGCUAUUGGCUUCACUUCCAUCCACAGCUCCCUAUACUUCACAGGCCAACGUUUUCGGCCGACAAAACCCCCAGCAUUCUCCUCCUCACAAUGAUGGCCAUCGGUGCAUCCCUAAUCGGCACCAAGGUGGAUCCGACUGUCGCCCAAGCAGCAACAGCACUGUCUGUUAUUCUAGCCUGGAAUCUUCGAUCGCAGAUAUUUUCGGAUGUGGAUUUCCGACCUCCAGCGAAAUUAUGGGUCUUCCAGGCGUUGCUUUUGUUGGAAACCUUCGAGAAGAUGUUCGCCUCUAGGGCGCUUCAUGAGCGGGCUCAUAUACACCACGCUACCACUCUCACACUGAUGAGGAGGGGUUCUUCGUUGACUGGAAGGUGUGCCUAUGAUUCCCCACAAAGCGGACGUGAUGUCAAGUCCAACAGUGACGGCGGCAGUGCAGCGUUUUCCGGCCAAUCAUCGGGCUCCGCACCGGUGGAGGAUGCAUGGAGUCGAUGGAUCGUUAACGAGGCGACAAAAAGAGCGGCCUUUGCGGCCUUUGUGCUUGAUUCAACUCACGCUACCAUGUUUGGUCAUUCAGCUGUCUUGGUAGCACACGAGAUGCGGCUGCAGCUUCCCUGUGACGAGACGCUUUGGGCGGCAACCAAUGGAGCCGAAGUGUUCAAGAUUGAGCAUUCCCUGCUGCAAGCCGGGGUUAAGCCCACGACCUUCCUUGACGGCUUGAAAAAGACGCUGAACGGGCAGAACGUGCGAACCAAUUCUUUCGGGCGGACUAUACUUAUGGCUGGUUUGUUAAGUGUGAGUUGGCACAUGGCCCAGAGGGAUCUCCAGGUUACAUCUCUUGGUGUGGCUGCGCAGCUUGGAGGGAAGGAUAAAUGGCGGCAGGCCCUAACCCGAUCCUUUGACCACUGGAAAAAAGAUUUCGACAGCGCACUAGAUGGGAUCAGGGCAGGGUCGAGUACGUACGAGGGUUCUAACUAUUACUUGCCCUCCACCGAGGACGUUGAACACGAAACCACCUUCGAAAGUCGGAAUGUGAUGCACCACCUAGCUCACAUGUCAAUGCACGUUGAUAUUGUAGACCUCCAGAUAUUUGCCGGAGCAAAGCGGUUAUUAGGCCGUACUGUUGUUCCAAGUGAUGCGGCGCAGGUUCGAAAACGGGUAAAGGAUUGGGCGCCAAGUGCCCGAGCCCGGGAUGCUACGUUCUAUGCACUGCAGUUCCUUUGUCAGGUAUUGCUGCCUGAGGAGCGAGUAGAUAUGCCUUAUACAGCGGAUGAUGAUGAUCUCGGAGCACCUCGGAAGCUGGGCGUGGCGACCACUGGCGUUCCAAUCUACUCCGCACGAGAUGACCACCUCUUGAACCGACCAUGGGUGCUCUAUUACGCCUCUCUCGUUGUUUGGUCAUAUGGAUUCGCGCUGGAAGGCCAGACCCAAGCUUCCCGGUCAUACUUCAGCACUCCCGCGGCUCGAUAUCAGGACAUGAGGACCUUUUUGCGACGGCUAGGGGGGGUUAGGUCACCAGAAGAACUAUCAAAUGUUCGGGAUAAGAAUGCUUGUUUGGGGCUUCUGCUGACGCUGCACGACAUGUUUGAGAAAGCGCGAUGGGAGCUUUUAGUUGAAGCCUCGAGACUGUUGAACCAAUGCGUUGCUAUUUCCACCGGUGAAAUCCAGGUUUAAUGGGGGCAUUAAUUUUCUUUAUAUACCAUUUUCUUCAGGGUUUCUUCUGGUUCGAUCUUACUGGGCGGCAUGUUCUGAUUUUUAUCCUUUAGCCUCUUAUGGGCAGGCGCAAGUCUUUUUUGUUCUAUUUUCACGUUUCUGGUUAUCUUUUGGGUCCGGGAGGAAUGGCUCUGGUUUGCUUUUAUAUCUUAUUCGGCAUCGCAUCGUUUUUUUAUAUUACUAUUGUUAUUUGAACUUGUUUGACGAGUUUGAUUUGAGGAAAAAGGAAAACCCCCUUACAUAUACCCCCGCCGGAUCAUACAUGUUUCAGUAUAUAUCACAUAAAUCCCCUCCUGUUAUGUAACCUCUCAGGCCUCUCUUGUUUUUACGUUGUCUGUGCGAAUGGACUACCUGUUUUUUUCCCCUUGCAUAAUCUCGGUUAGUUUUCUUCCUGCCCUUGCUUGGUUGUUUACUGGCAUCACCCCCCCCCCCCCUCUAUUUAUUUCAGAAUUAACACUCAACUGCCCUGCCUCACGCAAUUCUCCCCCCCAAUAGGAUCCGUGCAAGUAUUUUUUGGUUUGGUUUGGCUCGGUGCGGUCCUCUUCGUACUUCGGGAUAUAAAUAUGCUCCCCCCCUUUUUUUGUUCCAGCAUUUCAUUUGGUCUUCCGCUUGCUCUCCCUCGCUGCUUGAUACCAAUCCCUUUUUUCGUUUCCUUUGUGGUGGGCUGUAUUUGUCGCACGGUGUGAACAAAAUGGGAAUUUUGGAAUGGGGGUUUUUUUUUUCUCUUGUGUAGUUUGAAAAGGAACGGAGUUGGAAGCGUGGAAAUGUUGGAAAGCAUGGGGAUUCGAUAGUCGGAUGGGUGGAGGGUGUAUGCCUAUGGGUUUGAAUUUUGAUACCAUUUUUGUUUUUCG